CGCCCACACUCCCAACUCUCUGGGCAGCUGGGUCAGCUUUGUCUCAACCCUUUUCCUCCGUUCAGCUUCAGACAUACUUCUUUACCUCAACAUGCUGUAGUUAACUAUGACUCUGCACUUUCUGCGGGGGAAAAGGCUGCAGUAUAGUUCGGCUGUCUUUUUCUUCUUGUAGAGACGUGCGGCUCCAGACUGGCAACAGGUGUUCUGUCGAUACAAGCAGCUUUGUCUCCCACAGGGUGUACUGUCCAGCAGUCCUCCUCCUCUGUCUGUCUUCCAUCUCCUCUUCCUCUCCUGCACCCAUCACCCAGCUAUGUCGGGCGACAUUCUGCAGCGGCUCAGCACCUUGACCCUAAGCGUCAAGCACCUGGGCCGUCUGCCCCACUUCUCGGACCUCAUCCCUUCACCCACCCCCACCGUCGCCGCCUCCCAGGUCCCUAGCCUGUUCCGAGAGCCCUACAUUCUGUCGGGCUACCGUCCCGUCCAGCAGGACUGGCGCUACUACUUCCUCAGCCUCUUCCAGAGACACAAUGAAUCCCUGAACGUGUGGACUCACUUGUUGGCAGGCCCUGUGCUGCUGCUCUGCUGGUGGGCCAACGUGGGCUCCCUGGGGUACACCUUGGACGCAGCCUCUCUACCUCUGAGUGUCUUCCUGGUGUCUUCCUUCAUGUAUCUGUUCUUCAGUGUGGCAGCUCACCUCUUGCAGUCUCACUCUGAACAUGCACACUACUUCUUCUUCUUCAUGGACUAUGUGGGUGUAGCUGUGUAUCAGUAUGGUUGCUCACUUGGCCAUUAUUUCUACACGUCAGAGCCAGUGUGGAGAGAAAGCUGCAUCGGGAUGUUGUUUCUACCUGGAGCUGCCUUCUUUGGGUGGCUUUCCUGUGCAGGCUGCUGUUUCGCUAAGUCUAGGUACCGGCGGCCAUAUCCAUUGCAGCGUAAAAUCUGCCAGCUGAUCCCUACAACCCUAGCAUACCUGCUGGACAUCAGCCCCGUAGCCCAUCGCCUGUUCACCGUCUCCUGGACACAGGAGCCCUCACUGCCCUUUCAUGCCCUCCAUAUUGCCUGUUUCAUGCUGUGCGCCCUCUUCUUCUCCUGUCCGAUCCCUGAGCGCUUCUUCCCAGGUCACUGUGACUUUGCGGGUCAGGGUCACCAAAUCUUCCAUGUGUUUCUGUCCCUGUGCACUGUGUUCCAGCUGGAGGCUCUUUUCCAGGACUAUGCUAGGCGAAGGGACACAGUGGUGGAGGUAUUCGGAGAGAUGCAGCUGUGGUGGGCUUGUGUAUUCUUCCCCAUCUUGUUCCUGUGUUGCAUCCUGACAGCACUGAUCACAAUGAGGCACAUGAAUAAGACACUGCAGGGUAAACAAGACAGAGACAAGUGACAAGCGUGCGUGCGUGCGUGCAUGAGAGAGAGAUUAAAUGUACUAAAUAUUGUUAAUAGAAAUAAAGCCAUUUUUAUAUGU